CCCAUUUUAUAAAGAAAUGGUUUGAUAUAUAACUGCUCACUACCAUUCCCUCUGAAUUCCUGACUCUAGCAGGCUGUGAGGUUUUCAGUGCCUGUCUGGGGGAAUUGCCGAUUAUUUAUUUCAGUUUUUCUUGGGCAGAACUGAGUGGUGUCUUGGGAACUUCAGGGCAGUGGCUCUUGAUGGAGAGUUAGGUAUUCUGGCAAGAGGAAUGAAUUUGGUUUCUGAUGCAUUUUGUGUUGUCUGAGGCUCUGUCAGGACUAGCACUCUGAGUAGAUCACAUGGAAACACACAGAUGGUUUUCCCAAAACGUGCAGUACAGUGUUGAAAAAAAAACAUGAGACAUGAGUGUGCCAGUCUGCAGAAGAAAAGGACAGGCAAAUAGGAAGCCAAGGUAGGCAUCCUGCUUGGUGAAGGUAAGAUCAGCUGAUUUUUGAUAGAGUUCUGAGGCAUGAUGGAUCCAGGCUUUGUGUAUGAACGAUCAGGAGCUUAGUUUUAUCUGUAUUGUUAAUUUUCAGAUAAGAAAUAGAUACCAGCUGGGUGUCUGGCUUUGUGUCGCAUCCCCUUUUGGCAGUGAUGCUGUGGGAGAUGUGUCAGGAUGAAAAGUGGAAAGAGAGCUGGUCUCUGACUCAAGGUUUGACAGCUUUAAAAUCCUGAUAGACGGGAAUGUGUUUUCCACCAUUGGUUUCUGUAGAGAGCAGUUCUAGGAACAUCUUAGCUUGGGGGAAAUCCUGUAUCAAAACAUAGAUGAACAAAGUGUGUUUGCUUUUGGUUUUUGGUUACCACUUGUGCCUCUAAGUGGGAAGCAUUUGAAAACCAGUCCAUAACUGAGAAGAAAUUAUGGCUUAAAUAAAGGCAGCUGGGUUGUACAAGUGCUCUGUUGGGAGGUCAAGGUGCCAUGUCCAGCCAACUGCUGUGCAGCCCCAGUAAACUGCUCCUGAUUCUACUUGUCCUCGCUGAUACAUGAGCUUACAGACCCCUGACAUCCUCCUGUUCACUGUGCCCUCUGGUUACACCACAGCUGCACCUCCAGUGUGUGAGGUUUUAUUUGCUCCUACGCGUUGGAUGGGAAGUUAUGACCCUCCCCUUCUAGCAGGCAGCUGAAUGGCAGCUUACAGUGAUGCUACCUAGCAAAUCUGAGAGGAUGUAAUGCACUCAUUGAACAUAUCCAUGCUGGGCUUGCAUUGUCAUUCCCUCACGGCUACGAAGCCUGCCUUGCUUUGCAGGCCUGAAUCCCAGGGCAGGGCUAGUGGGGAGUGCAUACCAUUAACUUCAGCAUUCUUUUUCCCUUCCAGCUAAGCCUGGAAAACCUUAGCCAAAAGACAGCAAACCACAGGGAAGUGGAGACGUGUGUGAUGACUGAGCUUGCCAUAAAAGAAAUCAUGUCAUCAGGGGGAGCUGAAGAUGAUAUUCCUCAAGCAGAGAGAAAAACUGUGACAGACUUUUGCUACUUACUGGAUAAAUCUAAGCAGCUCUUCAAUGGCUUAAGGGAUUUACCUCAGUAUGGGCAGAAGCAGUGGCAGUCCUAUUUUGGGCGAACAUUUGAUGUUUACACCAAACUCUGGAAGUUCCAACAGCAGCACCGACAAGUAUUGGACAAUCGGUAUGGGCUGAAGAGGUGGCAAAUUGGGGAAAUUGCUUCCAAGAUUGGGCAGCUCUAUUACCAUUAUUACCUGCGCACCUCCGAAACCAGCUAUCUCAACGAGGCUUUCUCCUUCUACUCAGCAAUUAGGCAGAGGUCCUACUACUCCCAAGUCAACAAAGAAGACAGGCCCGAAUUAGUGGUUAAGAAGCUGCGUUACUAUGCAAGGUUUAUAGUGGUUUGUCUCCUGCUCAACAAGAUGGAUGUUGUAAAGGACCUUGUAAAGGAGCUGUCAGAUGAAAUUGAAGACUACACACAUCGUUUCAAUACUGAAGAUCAGGUGGAGUGGAACCUGGUUCUUCAGGAAGUGGCAGCAUUUAUUGAGGCAGACCCUGUCAUGGUUUUAAAUGAUGACAACACCAUUGUAAUCACCUCUAACAGGCUUUCUGAGACGGGAGCUCCGUUGCUGGAGCAGGGGAUGAUAGUGGGACAGCUUGCUCUUGCAGAUGCGCUCAUUAUUGGGAACUGCAACAACCAGGUCAAGUUCAGUGAAUUAACAAUCGACAUGUUCCGAAUGCUGCAAGCCCUGGAGAGGGAACCCAUGAACUUGGCAUCACAAAUGAACAAACCUGGAAUGCAGGAGUCAACAGAGAAACCAGCCAGGCGGGAAAACCCCCACAAAUACCUACUUUAUAAACCAACUUUCAGCCAGCUAUAUACAUUUUUAGCAGCGUCAUUUAAGGAGCUGCCUGCCAACAGCGUGCUGCUGAUUUACCUGUCUGCCACGGGCGUGUUCCCAUCAGGUCGUUCGGAUAGUGAAGGUCCAUAUGAUUUUGGGGGUGUGCUGACCAACAGUAACCGGGACAUCAUCAAUGGGGACGCCAUCCACAAGCGCAACCAGUCCUACAAGGAGAUGCACUGCCUUCACCCUGGAGAUCUCUACCCUUUCACCAGAAAGCCCCUGUUCAUCAUCGUGGAUUCUUCCAACAGCGUUGCCUACAAGAAUUUCACAAACUUAUUUGGACAACCAUUGGUGUGCUUGCUUUCUCCAACAGCAUAUCCAAAAGCAUUACAAGAUCAGUCUCAGCGGGGUAGCCUCUUCACACUCUUUCUGAACAAUCCGUUAAUGGCAUUCCUGUUUGUCUCUGGAUUAUCAAGCAUGCGCCGAGGAUUAUGGGAGAAGUGUCAGGAUUACCUCAGAAAAAUCAACCGGGACAUUGCCCAGCUGCUGACCCACUCCCGAUCCAUAGACCAGUCAUUUCUUCAGUUUUUUGGGGAUGAAUUCCUUCGCUUGCUUCUCACAAGAUUUAUCUUCUGUUCAGCUACUAUGAGGAUGCACAAAAUCUUCCGGGAUGAGAUGAAUCUCCCACUGGAGAUGCUUACAUGUCUGUAAUUUCAAGAAAUGAACUCCAGCCUAGUAGGUAAGUACAGGUGAAUAUUUUUUUGUCUCUUUUAGUGGUUUCCUUUUUUUUUUUUUGCAAAGCCUUAGUGAACAUACCAAUAACUAUCUGAGAUGGACAGGCAUUUUUAUUGCCACUGUGACCAUCUCUCAGUCAAUGGAAAGAGAAAAAUGAAAAUUAUAGACUAUUUUCUGUCUCUGUGCCAUACUGAGUACAUUAGGGCACAAUUGGCCUUUUGCUGUUUUCUUCCUAGAAGGUGUGAAAAGAUGAGUGUCUGAUUCUCUUUGUUUUCACUGUCAUCUAGCAGGAGACUCGAAAUUAUCCUGAAUCUUAUCCUCAGCUGCCAAGAGAUGAAACGGUGGAGAACCCUCACCUCCAAAAGCACAUUUUGGA